AUGAGGGGCUCUAAAGUGCAGGAGUGGACUCCUACCAGCAAUAUUCAUCUGGUGGAAUGGAAGAAAACAGUUUGGACCAGGAAAGCAACAGGGAAAUGGGUAGAGAGACCCAAGAUUCGAAAAAUCCAAUCAGUUCCGGCCACCCCUACCAAGUCAUCAUCGAAGCAGUGGCCAUCCGAGGAUAUGCUAUUUCUCGGUGGAGAUGAUUGGGUCGGCGACCUCAACCAGCAGGAUUUCAUACCCCUGCCGCUACCAACAUCCAUGCUUGUUUCAAGAGUCAGAAUGACUAUCUUCGGCAAUGGGUCCCAAGGACCAAUAGAUAUCUCAGCAUACUCCUUGAGCGAGAAGCUCCUGCUGACCGGUCUUGCAUCAUUUGUGGGUCCGAUGGUGUCUACAAAUGUCACAACUGCUUCGGACGGAGCACCAGAGGCUGCCCUUCCAUUGGAUCAGUCAAUGGACCGGUGGUUUCUUCAAGGACUGUUGCCUGGUGAAGACUGGUCUAACUAUGGGGUCGAUGAUGCUGAUGAAGGAUUUUUUGCUGCCGCCGACACCGACACCGACACCGACACCGAGCAUGCGACGACACCAACCGCCAAUGCGUCAAAGAACAAUCACGAUCUGUCUACUGGAGUGCCAUUCAUAAAGAAUGACAAGACCAUGACGACAAUAGUGGACAAGUCUGGAGUACACACUCACAUCAUCAAGUAUUGCAUGUGUGCCGAUGCUCCAAGCGCCGACCUACAGCUGUUUCGAUUAGGCUUGUUUCCUGCAUCCUUUACCCAACCAAAGACCACUUUCACUUUUGAUGUAUUGGACGACUUCUUACUGGAUAAUUUGGAGUGCGGCACGUCAGCAAUGAAUUAUUACAGCUUCGGCCACGAGGAAAAAGACGUUGAACCUGGUGAUCUCGCUCUCUUCUGCCUGGCAUGUCCCCAGCCGGGAAUUAAUGUGACAUUGCCGACUGAAGAAGGCGCGGCAGAGAUCAACAGAGAAUCAGAUCUGGAGACGCUGAGUUGGCUCUAUUCAAGAUCGCUGGUCAUGGAUGGCAACUUCAAAGCAGAGCAUAUGCAUGCGGCGAAUCCCAUUGAUGAAGUCCCCCUCAUGGAUGGACGUGGUUUCAUGGUCGGCGAUGGCAAAUACAAGGCGCAUCUGGCACUGGCAAAGGACGCAUGUUCAACGGUCCGAGUGCAACAAUCACUGCGCAGUGAAUCAAGCCAAUGCAUCCCGUCACAGACUGGAGGCAACCGGCAUUGGCGGAUGUGCCUGUGCAAGGCAUGGCUGCUUCGUCCCACAUGCAAUGGUGGAUUUUCAGAAGGGAGAAAGCUGACAGGCCCCUAUUUGCAAAUUCAAGAGCAGAUGGAGAUAAUCCUGGGGAUAGGUCUAUGGCAUGUUCAUGGCCACCAAGACAGCUGCUAUGUUCGCUAUGCUUCUAACUUUAUCGCCGGCGCCACCAGAAUUGACGGCGAGAUCAUGGAGACCCUUUGGGCGCCGUUGAACAUAAUCUCUCCUUCGGCACGGGGGAUGGGGACCCCUCACCGCAAGGAGUGCCUGGAUUACCAAAUGAAUGAUUGCAAUUUCAUGAAAAUGAUCAGGAUGAGGACUGGGGGGAACAGGAGAGGCUGGCACAGGAACAGGCGUAGCACUGAUCCAAAGGCAAUGGACAUUUAUGAAGUCCAACUGCAGAAAGCUCCGACCAGGAAAGAACAGGAAUUGAGGUUGCUGGAGGAAAAUGGCCAGCAACCUGCUCCUGCCCGCCGGAGGGGAGCGGCAACAUGGCUGGCAGAAGGGCUUUCCAUCGAGGAGGCACAGGAGGCUAGGGCGGCGUCCGACAGAGAACCAAUGACUGGAGAUCGGGCGGCGUUACUGUUUGAGCUAGAAAAGGUUGUAAUACCAUUGCCGUCCAAUUUGGGCCAGGGGAGAUGCACCGAGCUCGGCGCUGCGGAUAUGAUCCAUCAAGAACAUGUCCUCCGCGAAGGACAGGCCAAUGACGCCUUGCACAAUAUCAGAGUGCACUUGGCAGACAAGGCGGUCAUCUUCCGAAAGACAGUCAGAACGGCAAAGUCGCAAGCAAAGUCCACCAGAGCUUGGGCCCAGAUCCAUGCAGUGGACCGGGCGAACAUCUCCAGGUCAGCACCGCCGUCGCCAGAUCCCAAUGCCAGAGGCCAGAGAAACUCCAUGUUGGCUUGGUUCUGGUCUAUGGAUGUGGAGGGAGACUCUGAUAGCAGUGAUUGGUUGAAUGAAUUUUACCAGGUGCAUUGGCUCCGUGCCAAGGCUCUAAGAGACAGGUGGGAGGAGGAAAUGCUACUUGUGCAGCAUGAAAUGAAUUGGACAUACAACUUCUUCUUGCACAAAGCCGAGCAAUGGAUCCUUCUGGCUACCAUCUCAAAAGCCGCCGACAAGGUGGGACACCUUGCCUAUGCGGCACGGCAGUGCAAAAUGUAUCAGCGCCUGUAUGAGGAUUCCCGGGAUGCAUUUGAAGUUGCAAAGGCAGCCUGGAACCCAAUGCAUAUUAUGCCGGCGGUCUUAUAG